AAGGACCCUCAAGCUUUGUCAUCCCCUUAAUAGGGCUAAUGGGAUUUUCUGGAGUGAUCCGCCUUUGGCUCUCACUGGGCUUCCAGCAAGGAGCUCAGACAGCCGCUCGGAGCCGCCGGCCACCCCAGCGCUUGCCAACAGACCCGCACGCCCUGCCGCGGGGACAACCAGGGGCUCUCAAGGCCAGCCCGGCGUGGGACAAAGAUGAGUUCCCCCGAGGAACAGGCCUUCCGUCUGCUGACCGAGUAUGCAAACGGGUUCAUGGUCUCCCAGGUUCUGUUUGCCGCCUGCGAGCUGGGCGUGUUUGACCUUCUCGCGGAGGCCCCGGAGCCCCUGGGUGCGGUGGCGGUGGCUGCACGACUGGGCACUAGCUCCCAUGGGACGGAACUCCUGCUGGACACCUGCGUGUCCCUGAAGCUGCUUCAGGCCGAAACCAGGAGGGGAAAAGCCUUGUAUCAAAACACGGAGCUCUCCAGCACCUACCUGGUCAGGGCCAGUCCCAAGUACCAAGGCAACAUGCUGCAGUACCUGGCCAAGACGACGUACCUGUGUUGGGGCCACCUGGCCCAGGCUGUGAGGGACGGCAAGAACCGGUAUCCAGAGGCGUUUGGGGUUCCCUCGGACGAGCUCUUCACCGCGAUCUACAGAUCCGAGGGCGAGCGGCUGCAGUUCAUGAGGGCUUUGGAGGACGUCUGGAGCAUCAGCGGGAGGCACGUGCUGGCCGCCUUUGACCUGUCCCUGUUCCCGCUCAUCUGCGACGUUGGCGGUGAGCGUUGGCCCCACAGGUGGGGCUGUGUCUUGGGGCUAGUGUGCUCCCUAGUGUCCCCUGGGGAGGGAACACAACUGGGCCGCCAUUCAGGAUCGGGGAGAAAGCAUCUGCACAUGUCCUUGGUGGGCUGCUCUGGGGCUCUGGCCAAGCAGUGCACCUCUCUGUACCCCGGGUGUCAGGUCACCGUGUUCGACAUCCCCGAGGUGGUCCAGACGGCGAAGAAGCACUUCUCAUUCCUGGAGGACCCGCGGAUCAGCUUCUGUGAAGGAGAUUUCUUUAAAGACCCACUUCCGGAGGCAGAUCUGUACAUCCUGGCCAGGGUCCUGCACGACUGGACCGACACGCGGUGCUCACAGCUGCUGGCAAGGGUCCAUCGCGCCUGCAAACCAGGCGGCGGCGUCCUGGUGAUUGAAAGCCUCCUGGAUGCAGACGGACGGGGCCCGCGGACCACGCAGCUAUUCUCGCUGAACAUGCUGGUGCAGACGGAGGGCCGGGAGCGGACCCCCGCCCAGUACCUCGCGCUCCUGGCUCCCGCCGGCUUCCAGGACGUCCAGUGCAGGAGAACGGGGGGCAUUUAUGAUGCCAUCCUUGCCAGGAGGUAGCUCCCCGUGGGUCUGCAGCGACCGACCCAACCGACACCCUCGCUAACGGCAGAGGGGGGGGGUCUCCAUGAGCUUCUGCAUUUCUGGGGGGCUG